UCAACCUAGUAUCUGCCCAUAUCCAGUGCCCAGUGGACCAGUUACGAUGACCCCAGAGGACAGACAUCACUUAACGACAGAGCAGAAGGAUGCUGACGCUUCAGCAGACGGAGAGGAAGCAGGGCAUUAUGAAUAUGUUCCCCCUAACCUGGAGGAGUGGCGAAUCAUCCUUCUUGGUAAGAGUGGCUCAGGGAAGAGCUCGGCUGGGAACACCGUUCUGGGUGAGGAGCUCUUCAAAUCAGACAUGAAGCUGUCCAGGGUCACACAGUUCUGUGAGAAGAGGACCAAAGACAUCAAUGGGAGACCUGUGACGGUGAUCGACACCCCUGGACUCUUUGAGACCAGGCGCUCGAAAAAAGAGGUCGUCCAAGAGAUCCUGCAGAGUGUGACCUAUAGGCCUGGACCUCACGUCUUUGUGGUGGUCAUCCCCAUUGGCCGCUUGACCCUCGAGGACAAAGCCACCAAUAAUCUGAUCGAGAGCACAUUCGGCAAGAGGGUAUGGGACUAUACCAUUGUCCUGUUCACCCAUGGCGACCGGCUGGAGGGGAAGACUCUGAACGACGUCAUAGCCAGCGGUGACGAGGACCUCAGAGAAUUCAUCCGCAAGUGCAGCGGCGGGUUCCUGGCCUUCAACAACAAGGAUAUGGGCGACCGGGACCAGGUGGCCAAGCUCUUGGAGAAAAUAGAAACCCUGGUGGCUCUUAAUGGAAGCCAGUAUUACAAAUCGAACCUGUACCCAAAGCAGGAGAGGAAGAUCAGAGAGAAGCAAGAACAGAUCUUGACUGAGAGGGAUAAAGAUAUUGUGCGCAGAGAGAAAGCGUUGGAGGACCUUUACAAUGGCGAGGAGUUGGAGAGACAGAAGCAAGCUCUUUGGAGGAAAGAGGAGGCGGAUGCAAGAAAAAUGUCAGAGGUGCGGCCAGUUAAAACCCAAAUGGGAGUAGUCAUUGCCACAUCGCUGAUGGCCACUGCAGUUUUGGGGCCGGUUGGAGUAGUGUUAGGGAUUAUUAUUGUCAUCUUUAUAAUGAUUUCAAGGAUCUUUUCAUUUGAAUCUUUCCCUGGCUUCCACACGCAUCAUUCCCAGGCUGUGGGAUUACAUUUGACAAUGACUCCUUUGGAUAAACCCUGGUUUCUCCCAACUUCUGAAACUACAGAAGAUUAUUUGAGUGAGGACACUGCAUCUAAGAAUUGCACCGAUGAUUUAGAUGAUGAUGCAAUGACUGACAAGCUCUCAGAUAUUUACACAUCUGAGAAGGAGCCUGAACAAAGUAGAAGUGUCAGUCCAGCUGGCACGGAUGAGUUGCGUAUCAUGCUGUUGGGGAGGAGAGGGAUCGGGAAGAGCUCCAGUGGAAACACCAUUCUUAGGCAGCAAGUAUUCCCUGUCAACAAGACCCUGAACAGGGUCACACAGGUUUGUGAUCGGAGAGAGGGGACAGUAGAUGGAAGGCCUGUGGCUGUGAUUGACACGCCAGGACUCAAAAACUCCUCUGGCGAUGAGAAGAAAGUUAUUCGUGAGAUCCUGAAAAGUCUGUCUUUCUAUAAGCCAGGUCCUCACGUCUUCCUUGUCGUUUUGCCCAUCGGAAACCUGACAAAGGAUGACAAUGAAGUCCACAGAAUUAUUGAGAACAUGUUUGGGAAGAGGGUCUGGCGUUAUACUAUCUUGUUGUUUACCAAUGGAGACACUCUGGAAGGGAUUGCUCCAAGUGAUGCUAUCAGCAGUGCAGACAAAGACCUACGUGAACUCAUCCGUAAAUGCACUGGAGGGUUUGUGGUCUUCGACAACAAGGACAUGGCAAACCGGGCCCAGGUGACUUUGCUCAUGGGGAGGAUAGACACCAUGAUGGCCAUCAACGGCAACAGGUGGUACCCGAGAGAGUAUUACCCGUUUUUCGAGAAGAAGAUCAGAGACAGGCACGAGAAGCACAUGGAGGAGAGAUCCGAAGACAUCGCAGAGAAGGAGAGGCAGGUGAAGAGUCUCUACAGCGGUGACGAGCUGGAGGAAAAGAAGCGGGAGCUCUGGAGGAUGGUAGACGAGGAGCUGAGGCUUCUGGCUGAGAAUCCACCGAGGUUCAAAAGCCUGAAGAGAAAUGAGUCGGUCCAGACAUACGUGUAUAAACCAUAGCUUUUUUUUCUACUGGAGACAUGCCCCAAGGGACCGGUGAUGGCCCUGGAUGGCACUGUUCAGUUUUCACGCUCAGUCAGACAUGUGUAACACGUUGUGUGUUUCUGUGAACUACCACAGAGCGUUUUGGGAAGAAAUGCAGCACAGGAUAAUCUUUUGCUUUGGAUGAACAUUUGUAUCAUGUUCUGUUACUUCACGAGCCCAUCCUCUUUUUCUCCCAUGUAAGGGACAGGGUCCUCCUAAGUACAUUUAUCAAACCUACACAUUAUGUGUGUUUUAUACACACACACACACACACACACACACACACACACAUAUAGCUCAUGCUUUUGUUAUGUGUCUGCUAUGCUGUAAAGCAAAGUAUGAUGAUGCUCGCUCACAGUUUACACUUAGCCCAAUAAAGAGGGAGAUGUGUACAA